GGCCACUCAGGUAGUGGGACUACUGCCCCAGAUCCAGCUGUUUGCCUCUUCCGCCCAAAGGGCAGGUACCAGGUGGAGGCUCUAAGAGCACCUUGGAGAAAGAGCUUGAGAGAACAAGGCUCCAGGACACAGGGUUGAAGGGGAGACAGCAGAUGAGGCAGAAGCCUGUGGUGGCCAGGCAUGGCCAGCGCUGAUCCCCCUGCUCCAGGAGAGAGUGGGGCCUCAGGGACAACUAAGAAAAUGGGGAGCAGCAGCCUCUGGGUGCCAGGCCCUGCACUCUCCCUGCUCCUGCUCCUUUUCCUGCUGCUGCCACCUCCAUUGCUGAGCACAGGGAGCUUCCUGCACCGUCUCCCAGCCUGGAGACCCUUCCACCAGGGCACCAGGCACUACAGGAGCAAGAUAGAGAAGCCAAAAACCUGCGAGGGUGCCUUUGAUCUCUACUUGAUCGUCGACACGUCAGACAAUGCAAACAGCAUUUGGAAGGACAUUUAUAAAUUUGUGGAUGAUCUGGUGAAGAGGUUUCCAAAUUCAAAAAUGAGGAUGUCCUUAAUCACCUACUCCACACAGAGCGACACCAUCAUGAAUCUCACCUCUGACAGAAGUAAAAUACAUAAUAGUCUUGAAAAAAUUCAGAAUAUAGUGCCUACCGGAGCCGCAAACAUGCAUGAAGGAUUUAAAAAGGCAAAUGAGCAGAUUGAAAAAGCAAUCUAUGGAGGCAGCAAUGCUCCCAGUCUGAUUAUUGGUCUGACUGCAGGACCACUGACACCAAGGACAUUUGAGGAGACUGAGUCUGAAGCUGAGAAGGCUCGUGAAAGGGGCGCCAAAGUUUAUUCUGUGGGUGUAAAAGACUAUAAGAAUGACCAGCUAAAAGACAUUGUAGAAAGAAAUGACCAAUUUUAUGGGGUAAACAGUGGAUUCGAGUCCCUGGAAGACAUCGUUAACAUGCUGGUGGUAAAUUCCUGUCAGAAGGAGCUCGACAGGCCCCAGCAGCCAGAGAAACCACAGCUUUCUGGACCCAAUUCCACUGGUUUCUCAGUGACCUUCUCUCUCUUCUCUUCCCUACAGAGGAGGUGCCUCAACUUUGCCCGAUUGAGGCCCCCCUGCAUGAAGUAUCCCUGUACCCCAAAGAUCUGCCUUCUACCCUGCACCCCAAAGAUCUGCUUUCCACCCAGCCAGGAGUGCUUCCCCAUCAGCAACUGCUACUCAUGCUGCCAAUGCCCAUCACGCAAGUGUUCCCGGCUUCCCUCCAGGAUGCUGCCACUGAUGGCCCCCUCUUCCCGGGCACUCUGCGGAACCACUCUGUCACUCCCACCCCCAUAGCCCAGCCUCCAUCGCACCAAAACCCCAAGGUUAUUAAGAGCCCUUUGUGCACUGAAUUAGA